CUCCUCCCCAUUCCCUCCUCUCAAGAGAGAGUAUAAAAAUUCAAAGUUAGAUGUUGAAAGAGUAGAACAAGUGCAAGGCUUCACAUAGUGGCACUGCAGAAGUAAUCACCAAAAGAAAUUGGGUGCCCAACCUUGAAAACAAGCCACGAUUUGUGCUGAAACUCUCCGCAGAUGGACACAUUCCUCUUCACUUCAGAGUCGGUCAAUGAAGGCCACCCUGACAAAAUCUGCGACCAAGUCUCAGAUGCCAUACUUGAUGCAUGCCUAGAGCAGGAUCCUGAGAGCAAGGUAGCUUGCGAGACUUGCACCAAGACCAAUAUGGUCAUGGUAUUUGGUGAGAUCACCACCAAGGCCAAGGUUGACUAUGAAAAGAUCGUCCGUGACACCUGUCGAGGCAUUGGCUUCAUCUCUGCAGAGGUUGGCCUCGACGCUGACCGUUGCAAUGUUCUUGUCAACAUCGAGGAGCAGAGCCCUGACAUAGCUCAAGGAGUCCAUGGUCACCUCACAAAGAAGCCUGAGGAGAUUGGUGCUGGGGACCAAGGCCACAUGUUUGGCUAUGCCACAGAUGAGACCCCGGAGCUGAUGCCACUGACCCAUGUCCUUGCAACCAAGCUCGGUGCCAGGCUCACAGAGGUUCGCAAGAAUGGGACAUGCCAAUGGGUGAGGCCUGAUGGCAAGACUCAGGUAACUGUGGAGUAUCAAAAUGAAGGUGGAGCCAUGGUCCCCAUCCGUGUCCACACUGUGCUCAUCUCAACCCAACAUGAUGAGUCUGUCACCAAUGAACAGAUAGCAAAGGACUUGAAGGAGCAUGUAAUCAAACCAGUCAUCCCUUCCAAGUACCUUGAUGAUAGGACCAUCUUCCACCUGAACCCAUCGGGCCGUUUCGUGAUCGGUGGGCCUCACGGGGAUGCCGGACUGACCGGCCGAAAGAUCAUCAUCGACACGUAUGGUGGCUGGGGCGCCCAUGGUGGUGGUGCAUUCUCUGGAAAGGAUCCAACUAAGGUGGACCGCAGUGGUGCAUAUAUUGCAAGGCAGGCAGCUAAGAGUGUGGUAGCUUCUGGGCUUGCACGCAGGUGCAUUGUCCAGAUUUCUUAUGCAAUUGGUGUGCCCGAGCCACUUUCAGUGUUUGUGGAUACAUACAAGACAGGGAAGAUACCUGACAAACAGAUACUGACUUUGGUCAAGGAGAAUUUUGAUUUCAGACCAGGCAUGAUUGCUAUCAACUUAGAUUUGAAGAGAGGAGGAAACUUUAGGUACCAAAAGACUGCAGCUUAUGGGCAUUUCGGCCGUGAUGAUCCUGAUUUCACAUGGGAGAAAGCUAAGAUUCUGAAGUGGGACAAAGCUUGAUUGAGUUGCUGAACAAGUAGCUGCUGGGUGAGAGAGAUUUAUUCUUCUUGGUUUUAUGGUAGUUUCUUGAGGUUUUGGGGAGUAACAGUCGGCAGAGAUGCUUGGAAUUGACAUAGUUAUUAUGUUUUUCUCUUUUUAUUUAUAAUUCUUUCCUUUUGGUAUUUGUCACCUGGAUGCAGGUUUUCUUGCUGGUUUUGUUGGUUAAGGUUCAUGUUAUGGCCCUUGUUAUUCUGGUACUUCUAAGGCUUUGAGAGUAACAUUUUAUAUUCUCUGGAUGAGUGUUAUUUUUUAUUUUUUUUU